AAAAUAGCUCCCCCUUUAAAUACCAUAGAAUUUGGCCCCUCACUCUGUCAUCACCUCUCCUCUUGUAACCAUCAUCUACAGUUCCAUUAAAGCAAUCAUCCUUCUUUCUUGUGCAUUUGCUUCACAUCUAAAGAAAAGAAUCUAAUUCCCUCACUUCAUUCACUAAUCACUCUAUACUUAUUUCCAUCCUCAAAGAUGUUUCCUACAUUCAUAUUAUUAUCAGUUCUUCUCUUCUCAUCUCUUUCUCUUUCAAAUGCUCAGUAUAAACCUCCUCUGUUCGUCUUCGGCGAUUCGCUAUAUGAUGAUGGAAUGACUCUCUAUAAUGGUGUUAAAGGUGCUGGUGCCGAGUUCUGGCCGUACGGUGAAACUUAUUUUAAGAAACCUGCUGGCCGGUACUCCGAUGGCCGUCUUAUUCCUGAUUUCAUCGCACAAUAUGCCGGUUUGCCUUUUUUGCAACCGUAUUUGAAACCGGGAUUGAAGGAUUAUACUAAGGGAAUCAAUUUUGCUUCUGCUGGUGCUUGUGUUCUUGUUGAACUUCGUCCUCAAACAAUAAAUUUAAAGAGGCAAAUUAAUUAUUUCGUGGAAAUGGUGGGUAAAUUGAAGCAACAAGUUGGAGAAGCACAAGCAAAAAAGUUAUUAUCAGAAGCAGUAUAUUUAUUCAACAUCGCCGGAAAUGACUAUGUUGUUCUUAUACAGAAAAAUGUUAAAAAGCUCCCUGUUUCCAAUUUUAAAAAAAGACGUCAAAUGAAUAUGAUUAUUGGAAACCUCACCUCACACAUUAAAACAAUCUACAACCAAGGAGGAAGAAAAUUUGCAUUCCAAAACUUGGGUCCUUUAGGAUGCAUGCCAUCAAUGAAGUACAUGCUAAACUUUAAAGGAACAUGUGCUGAGGAGCCACAACAACUAGCCAGGAUGCACAAUGCUGCUUUUGGUUCACAACUUAAGAGAUUGCAAGGCCAAUUGCCAGGAUUCAAGUACUCUGUUUAUGACUUCUACACAUCCUUAUACCUUAGAGUUCUUUACGGAACCAGAUAUGGGUUUAGAGAAAGCCAAACAGCAUGUUGUGGAAGUGGAUCCUACAAUGGAGACUUUACAUGUCAGAAGAAAGGCACAAGCUUCUCAGUAUGUAGUAACCCUAAUGACUAUUUAUGGUUCGACGCCGCCCACCCGACAGACAAGGCUAAUCAGGCCUUCUCUAAAGAGUUUUGGAGUGGAGGAUCAAACCUUGUUUCUCCUUACAAUUUGCAAAAUUUAUUUGCCGCUCGAUAAACCGGAUGAUUUUUGGGAAUAUCAUUUACUCUUACACUCAUAAGUGUGAUCAAAAAUAGAAGAGUGUUUGGGUUUAUUUUAUUUUUCUUAAUUUAUAAUUUUUAUUUUUCGUACACCAUGUAUGUUAAGCAUACCAUAGUCUUGUAGAUUUUUUAUUUUUUUUUAAUUUCUUCAGGGAAAAAAUAUUGGAGGAGUGGGGGAAAUUGAAUUUAAUUAGCUUGUGAUGAUAGGUUCAUUUGCUACGAUGUAAUAAGUGAUGAGGGGUUCAUUUGCUACGAUGAAAAUUGCAAUUAGAAAUAAAUAUAAAGAAAACAAUAUAUUGAAUGAUUUUAA